AUACUUGAUUCGAAUUGAGUGGUCAGUAAGUUACAUAACUUAAAAAAUUAAAAAUUGCUGCAAAAAUGCAACUAAGAAGGUUAUUAACUAGCCCAGUAAUCAGGGGAUGUACCAGAAGAAACGCUCACCAUGGUGAUCAUGCUGUUCAAUCCACCUACAAUGAUCUGCCUCAGCCUCAGGGAAGUUGGAAAACCAAUUAUGAUGCUAACCAACGCAAAUACAAUGCCCAUUUAGCCCUUGGAGUUGGAGUCUUAACAGGUACUAUUGUUUUUGGAAAAGCUACUGGUUUAUUGGAAUUCUACAACGAAUUUCCUGAACGCCCAGCCGACAUUGCAUCUUACAAGUAAAGAAGGUUAAUUAAGUGGUAAUAGUAACAAAAUGUAUAGUU